AUGUACAUCCAGUACAUCGAUCCCCUGGUCAAGGUUCUGCAUACGCCUUUGGCAAGUGCAGCAGUGGGAAAAGCAGUUUCCAACUGUACCUCUCUGGCCCCAAGCGAGGAAGCAUUGCUAUUUGCUGUAUACUUUGCAUCAAUCUUGAGCAUGUCCGCGGAAGAUAUCAGCGCCCUCCUCGGAAUGGACAAAGUCGCCGCAGUAAAAACCUAUCGCGCCGCCACAGAACACGCACUAAUGCGAGCAAACUUUCUCGUGACGGAUGAUCUAGCCGUCCUCCAAGCGUUCGUUCUAUUUCUCUCGCUGAGCAGCUUCACCGAUGAGGCGAAGCUAGUCUGGCCGCUCACGGGCAUCGCGCAGCGCCUCCUAACCACGGACACAACUGGCAGCGAUUGCCCCGUCUCUCAGGAAAUCCGUCACCGUCUUUAUUGGCAGCUAUGGUACAUGGACAAACGGGCCGUCGAGGACCAGGGCAAAAGCGCAUUGGACUCGACGGAGAAUACCGUUUCCCUUCCGCGUAACAUCACCGACACUGUAUUAGAUUCAGGCCAUACCUCAUCAACCAUGCAGGAUAAAGGAUGGACGGAAGCGAGCUUCCUUCUCAUCCGACUUGAUAUUGCUAGAACACGCUCCUCGCUCGCCACCGCGCAGUCACUCUACGAGAAAGAACAGCUCAUCCAGCAGUGCCAUGGCCGUAUAAAGUCACGAUAUCUGGCUUCCUGUGACGGCAGCCAGCCUAUCCAUUGGCUGGCGAAACACGUCUCUAGCGUGCUUAUCGCUGAGAUGUGGUUCGAGAUUCAUAGCGCGGCGUGCUCAUCUACGCUUGGUGCCAUGAUUUCCUCUCAGGGCACGCGAGCUAAACUCUUCUCCACGGCGGUCAGUAUCAUCGACAUCCCUCGUCGGGUUCAUGAAGAUUCCCAGGCGAAAGCGUGGAGCUGGUUGCUCAAGGGAUACCUUCAGUUCCAGCCUUUGUUGUUUGUGGCGGCGGAGCUUUCGUCGCGGAAACUGGCAGAUUCACUCAGUGUGCGGGCUUGGGAGGUAGCACAUACUGCGUUUGGACGAUGGCCAGAAGAAACGAGGAGAACCAGACACGGAAAAUUGUUGGAUACUUUGUUGAAAAACUCGCAGGAGAGAUGGAGGGGAGCGCAGCAAGAGGCAGCGCUUGCUACGGCUUCCUUGUUGACAACUCCUCUAGCAUAUGCGUCUGUUCAGGAAAGUGAAAGUCAAGUCCAUCUUGUCAAUAAUAAAGCGAUUCAAUCAGGCUGA